AUGUACGGCAUUAGCAAGGAGAAAUGGACCCAAUUUUGCCAGAGCCGUAGAGACCCUUCAUGGGAGAGAAAGAAAAAACUAGAGGAAACAACUCAAUCCGGAAGCACUGACACCGUCAUUGAUCCUCCAUCUCCCAUCAAACGACACGUGAAGUGGAAGCUAGCCCGCACCAAGAAAACUGGUGACAUGACAUCUGAAGCAGCAAAGGAAAUUGCUGACAAGAUUGAUGCGCUUGAGGAGCAGGCCUCACAGGGUUCCUUUGUUACCCAUGGACGUCAUGAUAUACUGACUGCUGCCAUUGGGCGACCAGAACACCCUGGUCGUGUGCGUGCUGUAGGAGCCGGUAUAACCAUCAAACAAUACUUUGGAUCAGCUUCAAGGACCUCCUCCAUUGCUCCCGAAUACCUGCAACAGUUGACGCAACAAAUCAAGGACCAACUAGAGGAUUCAAUCACAGAAAAAGUCACUCGACGGCUAAUGUUAUCCCUCAGCCAAAUGCAAUCACAGGGACUCGCACUGCCUCCUGAACCUGAUGUUGGUCCUUCAGCUGCUCGUGUCAGCACAAAGGAGAGUUGUGUUGAUCCCUCAGGGAACGAUCUAGACACCGGUGACUCAUACAAAUGUGGGUUGUAUAUUGAAGAAUAUCCUUCUCGCCUGGUUGCCCUGGGAAGAGUUUAUGAGGGAUCUACAACAAUUCACAACAUUCCUUUGCUGCAUGAUCAAGUUAAGGUUGGUGUUGAGGAGAUUAGAGAUGUAGAUGCUCCCAUUCCUGUACCCACUAAAGAGGUUAAGGUCGUGGGACAGACUCUUAACACAUUCCUUGCUUGGCCGACACAUCUAGUCAAGCGUUUAUCAGAACAGGGAGCUGUGAGACCCGCGAAACCUGCAGAUAGGCCGGAUGAUGAGGUCGAUGAUCCGCUAUAUCUAAUGACAUUGACCAUUCCACAGCUUUUUCUGAAGCCAUUGCAGGUUAUGUGGGAUGCUACCUUGUUUGGCCUAUUUAAUGAAAACUUUCCCUUGUACAUAAAGCAUGAAGAUCUGUCUGAAAUUGCACAUGGUGGUCAAUGUCUCAGCAUAUCUGUUAUACAGUUGUGGAUUCUGCAUAUGACUGAGACAAGUAUGCGAGCUGGGAAUAUCGAUGUGUAUGGAUUCCUCGAGCCACAUAUUGUGUAG